CUUCAUUAUUUUGAAUAAUAACCCGAAUAUUGCUUCUUCUGAAAUAUUUGUGCUCUCGAUGAUCUCAAAUAAUUCUGGGACAAUUUAACGUCGAAGAAUUAUUAUCAGAUGAUUAUUUGCAAUGAUUGACGUCGAAACGGUCUCAUCAGCUAUGACGUGGAAGGGUGAAUCUGGAGAUUUCGCGAAACUUUAUGCAGUGUGGCGCAAGAUUUAUGCACAGGAUUAGGUAAUCCGGGGUUUAUGCCGCUCUAAUCCGACUCCAAAAACAAUGAACAUGACGAAGGAUUAUGGAACCGUAAAUCCAGACAAAUGCAGGCGGAGAAUGACGGAUUGCCUCCGGUUAAGCUCUCUUUACCGCUGCGUUACCAGCAAGAUCUCUUUCAUGAGCUUCGCCAGGAAGAUGAGUUGGUGAUUCUCGCUCGCGGUCUAGGCCUUCUCCGGGUCGUGACCAACCUAUUGCAUUCUUACGAUGCUGCUGGAGAGAACCUUGUGCUUGUAAUCGGUGCGGACGAUCGAGAAUUAGAAUGGAUUGGCGAAGCAUUGGCCGAACAUGCUGCCAUCAGCAACUCGCCAAUGGCGAGGGGAUUCCGGCUGAUCAACACCGACUUGGUAAAUGUUGGUCAGAGAGAAAAAAUGUAUACCGAGGGUGGAAUAUAUGGAAUCACAUCUCGAAUCCUUGUUGUUGAUCUAUUAUCAAGCCUACUUGACCCGAGUACAGUUACGGGAAUCAUAGUAUUACACGCUGAAAGGGUAAUUGCAACCUCUUUGGAAGCGUUCAUCCUCCGUAUUUAUCGGCAGCAUAAUAAGAAUGGGUUUCUCAAAGCCUUUUCUGAUAGCCCUGAGCCGUUCACUACUGGAUUCGCUCCCUUGGCAUCAAUGAUGCGAAAUCUCUUUCUCCGGAAACCCUCUUUAUGGCCACGCUUUCAUGUUACUGUAGCUGAGGCGCUUGAGGGGCGGAAAAAAGCAGAAGUGAUCGAAUUCGAAGUGCCAAUGACUGAUGCCAUGAGGGAUAUUCAGAAUGCUGUCCUCGAAUGCGUAGAAGUCAGCAUCAGUGAAUUGAAAAAGUCGAACACCGGCCUGGAAAUGGAUGAUUGGAACGUUGACAGCGCGUUACAUAAAAAUUUCGACGCUAUUAUUCGGAGACAACUAGAUCCGGUCUGGCAUCGCGUUAGCUGGAAGUCGAAACAAAUUGUCAAUGAUCUCGGUGUCUUGCGCACUAUUUUACACUGCUUGCUCACAUAUGACGCUGUUGCAUUCAACCGUUAUUUGGAUACGAUCUUGGCUGCGUCUUCUCCGCCGCCUGGCUCGACGCGACAAAAUCAGUCCCCUUGGCUUUUCCUUGAUGCAGCUCACACUCUUUUUGACACAGCAAAGCGCCGAGUGUACACUGCAAAGGUGAAUGCAGCUGAAGUGGCAAAUAAUGCCAAUUCAACAUCGUUGGAUUCACUUAGUCCGGUGCUCGAAGAGCAACCGAAGUGGGCGUUACUGGCGGAAAUUCUCGAGGAGAUUGAGCGUGACGCGUACUUCAAUCCACCACCCCGAGAUGACUCCAACGGUACUAUUCUUAUCAUGUGCGGGGACGAAGGAACGUGCCGCCAGCUCAGAGAGUAUCUCCAGACAAUGCACGUUCGACCGGAAGACGUCGAGAAGCAAGAGUCAGACGACGAUGAAGAGCGCGGACCGUCCGCUGCAUUUAUGAUGCGCCGAGCUCUUCGGAACUAUCUCAACUGGAAGCGCGACUUUGCCAAGGUCAGCGCCUCGCUGUUUGCAGAAAAUCAAAAAGCUCUCGAGGGUGCAACGGACCGGCAAGGCGGAACACCCAGCCUUCGACCCAAGGCUCCACCCAACAAGCGGCGCCGUGUUCGAGGAGGAUCAUCUGCAGCAUCCGGUCCUGGGCGCGCGGCAAACGGUAGUAUCCAGUUAGCCCAGGACACGGAGGCGCAUGUAGCAGGCCUCUUGGCCGAGAUACAGCCAACUGGGGCAGAAAAGCUCCAGAAGGAAGAGAUUGCGGCCGAUCCUCUGAUAGACAUUGAUGACUGGUUCGAAAUGUAUGAGAUGAAUGAUCUUCUCAUUGUCCAUCCCUACGACGGCGACAUGGACGAACAUGUUCUCGAGGAGGUCAAGCCGCGGUACGUGAUCAUGUACGAACCAGACUCGGCAUUCAUUCGGCGAAUAGAAGUGUAUCGGAGCUCACAUACAGACCGCAAUGUGCGCGUAUAUUUCAUGUAUUAUGGCGGAUCUGUAGAAGAGCAACGAUAUCUCAGCGCAGUGAGACGUGAGAAGGACUCCUUCACCAAGCUGAUCAAGGAAAGAGCGGGCAUGUCCGUCACGCUCACCCUCGACGCGCACGGCAUCGACGACCCGCAAGAACAUUUCCUCCGCACAGUCAACACACGCAUCGCAGGCGGCGGGCGUCUCGCAGCUACUGCCCAGCCUCCUCGUGUGGUCGUAGAUACCCGUGAAUUCCGCAGUUCCCUUCCUUCGCUACUUCACGGACGCAGCAUCGUCGUUGUCCCCUGCCAAUUAACAGUCGGCGACUACAUUCUCAGUCCAAAUAUAUGCGUGGAGCGGAAGUCUAUCCGCGAUCUCAUCUCUUCAUUUAACAAUGGCAGAUUGUACAAUCAAGCCGAAACAAUGCUGCAGCAUUAUAAGAAUCCCAUGCUUUUGAUCGAAUUCGACCAGAACAAGAGCUUUACGCUGGAGCCCUUCGCAGACCUCCUACACAACCCCUCGGCCAUCAGCAAUCCUUCCGAUCUGCAGUCCAAACUCGUCCUGCUUACCCUCGCCUUCCCUCGGCUCAAGGUGAUUUGGUCGUCGUCGCCUUAUCAAACGGCCGAAAUAUUUGAGAACCAAGAGGAACCGGAUCCAAUCAAGGCAGUCCAGAUUGGCUUGGAUCUAGAGUCAGGCCAAGACCCGUCCGAUCAGACGUUCAACCAGACGCCGCAGGAUAUGCUGCGUGCUAUUCCGGGCAUCACGGAGAAGAAUCUCAAUCGGCUCAUCCUCGACGUGGCGAACGUGCACGAGUUAGCGAAUAUGGAAGAGGAGGAUAUUAGUAGGUUGAUUGGGAAAGAGGCUGGGCGCCAGGUGUGGAGGUUUUUCAAUCGUAGUUUGUUUGACUAA